GUAAUGAAAAAAGUAAUCCAUGGCGCGGCCGAGAUGAGACGGAUUGACUCGUGCGAGCUAGUACUAAGAGAGCCGCCCUCAUUGGCCCACUCGCUACGCCCUUGCUUCCCUCUGCGUGCAUUGCGUGCAUUGCGUGUACUCUGUUCUCUCUCUUUACCUAGGUACUCUCCACUUUCCCAUACAUUCAUUCUCCCUUUAUCCCUUCUUGUCCAUCCAUCCAUCCAUCCAUCCAGCCAUCGACACGGGUCGUCUCAUCUCAUCACUGAUGACGCUACCACCACCCUACACAGUCAUCCUCUACCUCUUGCAUUCUUACAUACAUACAGACAGACCUACACAUAUACAUAGAUAGACUCUACAUGUACGGGGUGGAUACUCCUUCAGUCCAAUCCGUACGAGGCACCGCGCCACCAUACCUACGCCCGUCAGCUAUCCAUAGCCCUCUAUAGUCUAGCCAUUCGUAGUCAUCCCAUAGGCCCCCCAUAGAUAGCCUAAUAGCCCUGCCCGUCCCCUGCACCAUCCAUAUACAACGGUACUAUGUUUGAUAGGCCCUCUGCCUCUUAAACCCAAUCAAGAAAUAUCCCUCCCCCAACACGCAUACAUACAUAUAUACAUACAUAACACGGUGAAGGGGGGACAAGACUUGUCAGCCAGACUGGCUAGCCGCGUAGCUAGCUAGCUGGCUGGCUAUUGCUAUUGAUGCUAUUGCUAUGCUAUGCUAGCACCCAAACACCUCACGUAAGAGUGACCUGACCCCUUCCUCGAAUCAGCGACGCGCGCCCGCCGCUCGCUGUCUUCGAUGACGCUUGGACGGGUCGAAACUCUCUCUCUUUUUCUUUUCUUUUCUUUUCGUUUCUUUUCCUUCUUUGUGUGCAGUGCACACCCCUCUCCCCUCCCCUUGCU